AUGGAGGUUAUAAAGGGAGAAGAUAUAUAUAGUUGGUGUAGAAGCAAAGGUGUAGAUGCACAGAAAAGUGUAAGCAUUUUGGGAAAUUUUAUGGAGAUAAUAGAUGAAGAUAUUGUAAGUGAAGUAAAGAAAAUGUAUGGAAUAAAACAACCAUAUAUUGUAGAUAAAUGGAAAGGAGUUAAUGAUGAAAUCUGUGCCAUUCUAAUUAGUAAUGACAAUCAAUUAGAUGCUUCUGUAAUACCCGCUAAUAUUUUAAUUGAAAAGGCCCCUGGUAAGAAAUGGAAAGUAAUGUGGCCAGUAGAUAAGUAUGUAGAUGAGGGGCAGAAGACCAUAAAACAAGAUGAUAGUAAAAUUGAGAGUACAAGUGCAGGAUGUUAUCAACAUAAAAGUAGUACCUCCGAAGAAGAAUCAUUAGAUAAGAAUACAAUAGAUCCCCAAGUUGAAAAUGUAAUGGAUAAAGUGGUUAGUCAUUUUGAACGAUGGCAUUAUGAAGGGGGGUAUCGGAGACUGAGAAUCUUUUCGGGAGUAACUCCAGUUCCCACAGGAGAAGAGAACUAUGAUGUAUGGCGGGAGGCGGCAGUACAACAUUCGGAGGAGUGGAGAUGCCCAGAACAUAUAAAAAAACAACGGAUUGUGGAAAGUUUGAGGGGACCCGCUAUGGGAAUAAUUCAUGCUACAAGGAGAAGUAAUUCACAAGCUACUUUGAGAGAUUAUUUCGAGGCCUUAGACUAUUCCUUUGGAACACUAGAGGAUGUAGGGGACAUCUUAUCGAGACUGAAUCAGACUUAUCAAGAGCCUAACGAAACUCUUACCAAUUAUAUUUAUCGGUUAGACAAAAUUCUUUACAAGCUGCUGGAUAAAGGAGGGAUUGGUCCUCAAGAAAUUGAUGGAAGGCGGUUGAAACACAUAUUGAGAGGGGCUUUGACUACCAACCCCGUGGCUCAACGUCUGAGAUGUAUAUUACCCAGGGAUCCUGCUCCUACUUUAGGUGAAUUGAUAAAGGAAGUAAAACUAGAAGAGGUGCAGAUUGAAAACAGAGAGAAGACUUUAAAGCGAGUUAAAGUAAUUGUUCCUACACCUGAAGUUUCUUCAGUUAAUGAGCAGUUGUUAAAGCUAAUAGAGGAACAAAAUAAGAAAUUAGAUCAGUUGAUUUCUUUACAGAAUGUACCAUCUGUUACUUCAAGAGUGUCAUCAUCUGGACGGGGUAGAGGGUUCAGUAGGAGAUCUGGAGAUAAUUCCAAUAUCACUUGCUACAAAUGUGGACAAUUGGGACAUAGAUCUUUUGAAUGUAGUCAAGGAAGAAGUUUCCCUUCCCUAGUAUCUACCAUUGAUAGAAGUCAGUGUGAACAGCCGGGAAACGUAGAGGGGAUGUCGAUGAACCCCGCACCGGCUCCCAACCAAUAA